CGGGAGUCGUUUUAGUAUAUUAAGAAUACAUAUGUAUCCACAAUUAAAAAUGCGUUUAUGAUGCAUUUGUCUUAUGGAUUCCCUAUUUAUUUGGUAGAUAAACAGAGGUCCACACGUCUUGUCGUACAUUCAAUUCCGAUACAUGAUACUAAUUCGAUGACGUAUCAAUUAUAUCCAGAAAUUACUCAACAUAAUUUUCUUUAUUAAGUUUCUUUGAUAAAAUGAAUCAAUAAGGUAUUGUGACGUUAUUGUGUAUACCAGAUUAAAAUAGCUGGCAUUAUUAUUACUGAUCGGUAAAAUUCCAUAUUUUGUAAAAAUAAAAAGGUAAGGAAGGUUAAGAAUUUAUGAAAAAAAAUUCAUUCAUAUCCGUUAUUUCGGAUGAAAAAAAAGAAGAAAACAGAGGGUCUGUUGAAUUUCAAGUAUUCUGUUUUACCAAUAAGAUACGAAGACUUACUUCACAUUUGGAAUUGCACAAAAAAGACUAUUCAUCUCAGAGAGGACUACGAAAAAUUCUGGGAAAACGCCAACGACUACUGGCUUAUUUGUCAAAGAAAAAUGUAGUACGUUAUAAAGAAUUAAUAAGUCAAUUGAACAUUCGAGAACUAAAAACACGUUAAUUUGAAGAGUCGUUUUGAAUUAUUUGAUUUAUUAGAUCUUGAAUUUUGAUGAACUUCUUUUUGUUUUCAGCAAUUCAUGGAAAAAUGAAUUCGUGUAAAGAAUGAAUCGGGGAAAAACCUAUGACUGUACCAACUUCCAGAAAAGACCUCAUGAUAGUCAAUAUGGGCCCUCACCAUCCAUCAAUGCAUGGCGUUCUCCGACUCAUCGUUACUUUAGACGGUGAAGAUGUUAUUGACUGUGAACCAAUAGUGGGUUAUUUACACAGGGGUAUGGAAAAAAUUGCGGAAAACCGAACAAUUAUACAAUAUCUUCCUUAUGUGACACGUUGGGAUUAUUUAGCUACUAUGUUCACAGAAGCAAUCACUGUAAACGGACCGGAACAGUUGGGAAAUAUUCAAGUACCUAAAAGAGCUAGCUAUAUCCGAGUAAUUAUGUUGGAAUUAAGUCGUAUAGCUUCUCAUUUGUUAUGGCUCGGCCCUUUUAUGGCGGAUAUUGGCGCGCAGACCCCUUUCUUCUAUAUUUUCAGAGAAAGAGAAUUGAUAUAUGAUUUAUUCGAAGCUGCUACCGGUAUGAGAAUGAUGCAUAAUUAUUUUCGUAUUGGAGGAGUAGCUGCCGAUCUACCUUAUGGAUGGAUAGAUAAAUGUUUAGAUUUUUGUGAUUAUUUUUUAAUAGGACUUACUGAAUACCAAAAACUUAUUACGCGAAAUCCUAUUUUUUUAGAACGAGUUGAGAACGUAGGCAUUAUUGGUGGAGAAGAAGCACUAAAUUGGGGUUUAUCAGGGCCAAUGCUACGAGCUUCGGGAAUAGAAUGGGAUCUUCGUAAAGUUGAUCAUUAUGAGUGUUACGACGAAUUUGAUUGGGAGGUCCAAUGGCAAAAAGAAGGAGAUUCAUUAGCUCGUUAUUUAAUACGAAUUGGUGAAAUGGCAGAAUCCAUAAAAAUUAUUCAACAAGCUCUAGAAGGAAUUCCAGGGGGUCCCUAUGAGAAUUUAGAAAUCCGACGCUUUAAUAGAAAAAAAUAUCCUGAAUGGAAUGAUUUUGAAUAUCGAUUCAUUAGUAAAAAGCCAUCUCCGGCUUUUGAAUUGUCGAAACAAGAACUUUAUGUAAGAGCUGAAGCCCCAAAGGGAGAAUUAGGAAUAUUUUUGAUAGGAGAUCAGAGCGUUUUUCCUUGGAGAUGGAAAAUCCGCCCCCCGGGUUUUAUCAAUUUGCAAAUUCUUCCUCAAUUAGUUAAAAAAAUGAAAUUGGCUGAUAUUAUGACGAUACUAGGUAGCAUAGAUAUCAUUAUGGGAGAAGUUGAUCGUUGAAAUGAUAAUUAAUACAACAGAAGUACAAGCUAUCAAUUCUUUUUCCAGAUUGGAAUCCUUAAAAGAGGUUUAUGGGACUAUAUGGAUGCUUUUCCCUAUUUUGAUUCUCGUAUUGGGAAUCACAAUAGGUGUACUAGUAAUUGUGUGGUUAGAAAGAACAAUAUCCGCGAGUAUACAACAACGUAUUGGACCUGAAUAUGCCGGCCCUUUGGGAAUUCUUCAAGCUCUAGCGGACGGAACAAAACUACUUUUUAAAGAGAAUCUUAUUCCAUCUAGAGGGGAUACAUAUUUAUUUAGUAUCGGACCUUCUAUAGCAGUCAUAUCAAUUCUACUAAGUUAUUUAGUAAUUCCUUUUAGUUCUCACCUUGUUCUAGCCGAUCUCAGUAUUGGCGUUUUUUUAUGGAUCGCUAUUUCAAGCAUUGCUCCCAUUGGACUUCUUAUGUCAGGAUAUGGAUCAAAUAAUAAAUAUUCCUUUUUAGGUGGGCUACGGGCUGCUGCCCAAUCAAUUAGUUAUGAAAUACCAUUAACUCUAUGUGUGUUAUCAAUAUCUCUACGUGUGAUUCGUUGAGACAUAGGUCUUCACCC